CCGACUGUAUCACGGGUGGCGGGGCCGGGAGCCCACCUGUCGCCCACGCGCUCGGAACGGGAACGGGAAUGCAACGAGGCUGACCGGCCCGCGGUGAUGGGGACUCAGGGCUCCACGGGAAGGGCUCUUCGACCGUGCACGCCCCGCUGUUUUCUCCUGCCUCUGUGGACCCUCACGUCGCCUUCCAGCAGCCCCCGCAAUUGGCAGGCAGUCAUCGACCUUAUUUGCCAGGACUCUGUUUGCAAAGGGGGUGGGAUUGACGGGGUGUGAUAGGACUACAGACCAAUAGGCAGCCUUUCACGAGGGAUCCUGAAGCCCACUCGGGGAAGUGAUAGCUCAGGCGCUUCCUUGGAAUGAUCCUGUUCCCCGCCCCACCUCCCUGGGGCACCUUUGGCCUGAAGCGAUCUGCUGAUAAACCCGCGCAGAUAGGCAGAUGGCUCUGAGAAUGACCAAAGGUCCCGCCGGAAUUCAUUGUGCCAAGUUCUUGAAGUCCCCACAAUUAGAGGGACAGAAAGGCAAAGAACGAAAAAGGGCCCUAGACUGGAAGCCAGACUCUGCUUCUCAUUUGUGGGGUGACCACUCACCCGCUGUCUGGACUGCAUUGUGCCAUCUGUGGUAUGAGCCUAGAGCUGGCUGUGGACACGACACUGACACUGACCCUCACCGGUCACCUCCAGUUUUCCCGCAGCCCUUGCCGCCAUGCCCAGCUCGGCGCUGUGGGCAGUGGACCUCUUCGGGAGGGUGUACACACUCUCCACAGCCGGGCAGUACUGGGAGCUCUGCAAGGACACCCAGCUGGAGUUCAAGCGGGUCAGCGCGGCCACACAGGGCUGCUGGGGCAUCGCCUGCGACAACCAGGUCUAUGUGUACGUGUGCGCCAGCGACGUCCCCAUCCGCUGCCAGGAGGAGGCCUAUGAGAACCAGCGCUGGAACCCCGUGGGUGGCUUCUGUGAGAAGCUCCUGCCGAGUGACCGCUGGCCGUGGAGCGACGUGAGUGGGCUCCAGCAUCGGCCGCUGGAUGGGGUGGCACUGCCCUCGCCGCACUGGGAAUGGGAGUCCGACUGGUACGUGGAUGAGAACUUUGGAGGGGAACCCACCGAGAAAGGGGGGUGGACAUAUGCCAUGGACUUUCCUGCCACUUACACGAGGGACAAGAAGUGGAAUUCUUACGUGAGGCGGCGGAGGUGGAUCCGGUACAGGAGAUACAAGUCCCGCGACACCUGGGCCAAGAUCCCUUCGAAGGAUGACCCCAAACAACUGCCCGACCCCUUCAACGACCUCUCUGUUGGGGGGUGGGAGAUCACAGAGGAGCCCGUGGGCCACCUGUCCGUGUGGGCUGUGUCUCUGCAGGGAAAGGUGUGGUACAGAGAGGACGUCAGCCACCCCAACCCAGAAGGCUCAUCAUGGUCUCACGUGGACACUCCGGGGGAGGUGGUCCAGAUUAGCUGUGGGCCUCACGACCUCCUGUGGGUCACGCUCUGGGAGGGACAGGCCUUGGUUCGAGAAGGAAUCAACAGGAACAACCCCAAAGGAAGUUCCUGGUGCCUAGUGGAGCCUCCCACCUCUGAAAACGGCAUCAUGCACAUCUCCGUGGGAGUGGGCGUGGUCUGGGCCGUCACCAAGGACCGGAAAGUGUGGUUCCGCAGAGGUGUCAACUCUCACAACCCCCGUGGCACCAGCUGGAUCGAGAUGGUUGGAGAAAUGACUAUGGUGGACGUGGGGCUCAACGACCAGGUCUGGGGCAUCGGCUACGAGGACCGGGCCGUGUACUUCCGGCAGGGCAUCACCCCGAGCGAGCUCAGUGGGAAGAUGUGGAAGGCCAUUGUCGCCAGUCGUGUGUGUGACCGGUCACACUCCGGCAGCUCCUCCAGUCUCCUCAGCGCUGGCUGUUUCUUUGGUGACGAGGUGAGGGUCAGUGGCGAUUCCUGCGCACCAAGCGACACGGAUGCCUCCUCGGAAGCUGAGAGACCAGGGCCUGAGCAGCCUGUCCCUGCAGAGUCUCCGGAAAGUCCCGGCAACUCCAAGGGCAGCUCGGCUUCAGGCCCAGCCACCACCAAGACCGCAGAGCAUGCCUUGGAGGGUGCCAGCCCAGCUGAUCACACCCCAGGGCCUGAGCCUCGCCCCGGCCAGGCCUCCACCCCUGCCGAGCUGCCCUGGACCAGUAUCGACCUGAAGGAGCCCAAGAGAGCGCCCGGCCACUCCGCUGAGACCACCGGCCUCUCCUCACUGGAGAUGCUCCCGCUGGGCUUGGAGGAGCCCUACUGCGCUGACGACCACCCGCUGUGGGUCUGGGUGUCAGGAGGAGGCUGUGCCGUGGAGGCCCACACUGUGCUCAAGUGGUUCACCGCCCAGUCGGGCCUGUCUUCCUCCAUGCAGACACUGUCCCUGUCCAUCACGCCGGCCCAGACCGCCGCCUGGCGGAAGCAGAUCUUCCAGCAGCUGACGGAAAGGACCAAGCGGGAGCUGGAGAACUUCCGACAUUACGAACAGGCCGUGGAGCAGUCCGUGUGGGUGAAGACAGGGGCCCUGCAGUGGUGGUGCGACUGGAAGCCCCACAAGUGGGUGGACGUCCGCGUGGCCCUGGAGCAGUUCACGGGGCACGACGGGGCCCGGGACAGCAUCCUCUUCAUCUACUACGUGAUCCACGAGGAGAAGAAGUACUUGCACGUGUUCCUCAAUGAGGUGACGACGCUGGUCCCCGUGCUCAAUGAGGACAAGCACUCCUUCGCCAUGUACACCCCCGAGAGGACCCGGCAGAGGUGGCCUGUGCGUCUGGCUACUGCCACCGAGCAGGACAUGAAUGACUGGCUGGCCCUGCUCAACCUGUCCUGCUGUGAGAGCCGGAGGGUCCUUGGCCGCCCCUCCCUGCAGGCCAUCUGGUCCAUCACCUGCAAGGGCGACAUCUUCGUGAGUGAGCCCAGCCCGGACCUGGAGGCCCCUGAGCACCCGCUGCCCUGCGACCAGAUGUUCUGGCGGCAGAUGGGCGGCCACCUGCGGGUGGUAGAGGCCAGCAGCCGGGGCGUGGUGUGGGGCAUUGGCUACGACGGCACAGCCUGGGUGUACACAGGUGGCUACGGAGGAGGCUGCUUCCAAGGCCUGGCCAGCAGCACCGGUAACAUCUACCCACAGUCAGAUGUGAAGUGCAUCUACAUCUAUGAGAACCAGCGCUGGAACCCCGUCACGGGCUACACCAGCAGGGGUCUGCCCACUGACCGGUACAUGUGGAGCGAUGCCACGGGGCUGCAGGAGUGCACCAAGGCGAGCACGAAGCCCCCCUCCCUUCAAUGGAGCUGGGUUUCAGACUGGUCCGUGGACUUCAGCGUUCCUGGGGGUACUGACCAAGAGGGGUGGCAGUAUGCCAGUGACUUCCCUUCCUCAUAUCACGGGUACAAAACCAUGAGGGAUUUUGUCAGGAGGAGGUGCUGGGCCAGAAAGUGCAAGCUGGUGACCAGCGGGCCCUGGCUGGAAGUGCCCCCCAUUGCCCUCAGGGAUGUGUCCAUCAUCCCCGAGAGCCCGGGCGCCGACGAGAGUGGACACAGCAUCGCACUCUGGGCCGUCAGUGACAAGGGGGACGUGCUGUGCCGCCUGGGUGUGUCCGAGCUUAACCCCGCGGGCGCCUCCUGGCUGCACGUGGGCACCGACCAGCCCUUCGCCUCCGUCUCCAUCGGGGGCUACUGCCAGGUGUGGGCCGUGGCGAGGGACGGCUCUGCCUUCUACAGGGGCUCCGUGUCCCCCUCCAAGCCGGCUGGUGACUGCUGGUACCACAUCCCAUCUCCUGCCAAGCAGCGGCUGAAGCAGGUGUCUGUGGGCCAGACGUCCGUGUACGCCGUGGAUGACAAUGGGAACUUGUGGUACCGCCAGGGGGUCACGCCCAGCUACCCGCAGGGCUCCAGCUGGGAGCACGUGUCCAACAAUGUGCGCCGAGUGUCCGUGGGGCCCCUGGACCAGGUCUGGGUCAUCGCCAACAAAGUCCAGGGCAGCCACAGCCUGAGCCAGGGAACCGUGUGUCACCGCACAGGCGUGCAGCCUCUGGAGCCCAAGGGGCAGGGCUGGGACUACGGCAUCGGGGGCGGCUGGGACCACAUCUCCAUCCGGGCCAAUGCCACCAGGGCCCCCAGGAGCGCGUCCCAGGAGACGGCUGGCGAGCAGGGCCUCCCCAGCGGGCCCUCGAGUGUGGCCGGUGCCCUGCAGGAGGCCGUGGGUCCCGUCUGCUGCUGAGCCACCUCCCUCGCCUUGCGGGUUCCGUCUGAAGAAUCAGCGCGGCCCAUGAGCCUUCGCUCGGAAUGAGCCGCUCUGUGCUGAAAUGCGGGUCCUGGCGUGGCUUGCCGGGACCUGGCCUGAGGUCACAGCUCAGGCAGCAGAAACAGCCCAGAAAUGUGAAGCCUGUGGACGUUCCCCACACUGUCCCUGUCAGCAAGGAGGGCGCUGGUGUGGAGUGGGCGCCCUCACCCGGCCUCUCCCACCCAUCCAAUCCCCCUCUGCCUCCCGCCUUUCCAGGGCGGGAACCUAGAGCCUGGAACCUUCCAGGAGGGCUGGCCCCUGGGAAAGCUGAGCCCACAAAGAGCGCCCGGUGGUCCAGGGGGUCCAAACGCAGACAUAGCUGAGGGCUCAGGGCUGUGGCCCACGCUGUGGUCGUUUCUCAGCACGGGACUUGCAGAUACGAUCUCAUUCCAAAGGUCAAGGGCGGAGUUGGCAGGUCCGAAAUAAAUGCUGGGGAGGUGUCACCUUCCCCAGGUGGGCAUGGGCCCCCGGGGUGGACAGGACCGAGGGGCCUGGGAGAAGCGGAGUGCUCAGCGGGCCCCUCCCCGAUGGGGCUGGGGGUUGGGGCAUCUUUUACUUGUGAUCAUGUUGCAGGGGAGGGCAGGGUGGAGGCGGAGACCAGCCAGGUGGUAGGAGGGCACCUCCCCCUUGGUGAAGGCCCCGGUUUGCUUCCACAACCAGUCCAGAGCUCGGAGUUGCUCCCACCCUCGGGUCCCAUUGGUGGGUCGUCCUGGCCACCACACGCCUUCCUGAGUAGCCGCACCUGAGAGCAGUCCAGGCGCACGUGGGCCCCACCUGGCCCGGCGGAAGGACGGCUGGGACGGUGGAGCGUGACCACAUAGCCCUUCCCAGGGGCUUCCCCCGCAAGCUGGCAGGAGAGUGCAGUACCUCCUUCGGGGUGCCCUCCCCGGGGACAUAUGAGGGUGCCAGCAGCCUCUGCAUUUGCAGGUGGGACCAGGAGGCGUGAGUCGGCCCAGGGCCCAGAGGGGCCGUAUGGGGUUGCCGGUCUCGGUCUGUUUACAUCCCUUCGUCAGGGUCUGCGUGGGCAUUAAGGUUCAUCUACAGCAGCUGCUGUCCUCGCUGUGCGUCCCCGUGGCUGGUCUCACCCUGCCCUCCCUCUAGGGACCCUGUGUCCUCCCUGCUGAGCACCACUGAGUCCCAGAUGCUUUAUUCAAUUAAAACUUACACCAGA